AAAGCAGAGGAAGCGGAGCCAAAUCGCCAGCGGAGGCCGAAAUAAUGCAAGCGAGAAGAUGUGCCCCGCUCCGCCUAUAGCUCCUGUAACAGAGAAGAUGUCUGCACCGUCCACAAAAGCUUUGAACGCGCGCUGCCAGCGCCCAUCGCCUUAUUCAAAUUAGUGUCAAUCGCAAGCGCUGGCGGCCACGGGCCGGCGACGCGCGCGCGGCCGUCGCAUCGCUGCCCCCGCUGCGCAAAACGCGCGCGCUCGCACGAUCUUGAGUGUGACACACUCGAAACGCCCGCGCGACUCGGCACGCUGGGCGAAGAAACGGGGCUAAGCAACGCGCGCGCGCCAAACUCAAAACCACGCAGGCCUCCGCCAGCGCCUUCGUGCCCAACGCCGCGGCCCCGGCCUUCGUGCCGAGCUUCGCGCUGCCGCCCGCGCCGCCCGCCGCGCCGAGCUCGCCCGCGAAGAGCCCGCCGACGAGCGUGCCCUCGUCGCCCAAACUCACGGCGACGGCCAAAGAAUUCAAGCCCUGCUCGCCGAUCGCGACCAAAAGGGAGCCGCCGGCCAUCCCCGCGUCGCCGCCGCGACGGAUACGAUCGGCCCAUACGGGCGUCCCGAAGCAUAGCAUUGAUGAUCUACUCAAACUCGAGAGCGACUGCGGCUCCUGCUCGGAAGAGGUCAAGAGAAAGCUCGGCGUCUUUGGAGGCUACCGAUACGAGAGAUCCGGCGCCGGUGGCGGUUCUUCUGGAGCUGGCUUUGGGAGCCGAGACUUCGCGCAAGCGCGACGCGACACCAGCAAGCCGGGCUUCCCCUCGCAUAGAAGUGACUCAUCACUACGCGAUAGAACAGCCAUGGGCCGGUCCCACUCGUCGACGGGCCAGCUCCGCGACCGAUCCCCGAUCCGACCGAAGAAGCGACCUCCCAAGGAGUACGUCAAGCCCGACUGGGCGAAGAAGGGCGACGACGACGGCGACGCCGCUUUAUCCAAGAAGGCCAAUUCGAUACUGAACAAGCUGACGCUCGAGAAAUUCGACCGCCUGUCGACGGAAUUCUGCGCGCUCGAGUUCUCGACCCUGGAGCGCGUCGCCGGCGCCGUGGACCUCAUCGUGACGAAGGCCCAAACGGAGUCCCACUUCGUAUCAGUAUAUGCAUCAUUAUGUGUCAAACUCGCGAACACCCCCAAUGAGGCAUUGGGCGAAGACGAAGGGUCCACGAAAAAGUUUCGGCGGCUGCUGCUGGAGCGGUGCCAGGCGGAAUUUGAACGCGACCAUAGUCAGACCAUCGCCGAGUUGGAAUCGCUAGAUGAGGAAUCUAGAGAGAGGAAGCUUGCGAAGAUCCGCAAACAAUACAUCGGCCACAUGUUUUUCAUUGGCGCACUCUACAAGCAAGGUUUACUGAAGGAGAACAUCAUGCACCACUGCGUCCAGGAGCUCUUCGGCGACCCGUCGGAGCCGGAUAGCGAGAAGCUCGAGUGUCUGGCUAAAUUACUUACUUCGAUCGGGAAAAAAUUAGAUGCGGCAGCCUUGGACAAGAAAGAAUCCGCAAAAUUCAUGAAGGCCUACUUCAAGCAGCUCAAGAAGCUCGAGAAUAAUAAAUCGCUAGAUGCGCGGUUGCGCUUCGCGCUGAAAGAUCUUCGCGAAUUGAGAGAAAACACGUGGGUGCCGCGCCGCAAAGUCGAGGAGGCCAAGACCAUCCAGGAGAUCCACGACGACAUCCAGGUCCGUGUACGGCGUCCUUCACGAGACUGCGCCGCCGCGAUGGCGUCUUCACGAGCCCACGCCGCCUCGACGCCGUCGACACGACACCGCGUCGCUGCAACGCCGCCGGCGCGCCGCCACGCCGCCGUCGACGCGACCGCGCGAGAGUCUACGGGCGCGUGAAUGUACACCGUCGUUCGACACAGGCCGAGGAGGACAAAAAAGCCGGCCGCAAGCCCACGCGCGUCAAGCGCGACCGCUCCGCGAACAACCUCACGAUUAUCAGUGAUGACGGCUGGGAGACCGUGCCCACGACUACGGCUUCCGUGCGACGAUCGUCGUCGCGAAAGGAGCGGUCCCAGUCCCCCGCAAACGUACCUACUGACGUGAACAUGGGCGGCUUCGGUGCCCUAUUGGGUGGAGACAAGAAGAAGAAGGACAAGGACAAGAAGAAGAAGAAGAAAAGUCGUUCCAAAGAUUCUCUUACUGAUCUCGAGGAAGUUACGUCUAUACCGUUCGACGAGGAUAAGUACCGGGGCAAGUGCAAGGCGGCCGUGGCCGAGUAUUUCUCCAUCGAAGUGGUUGAUGAGGUCGUGGCCUGCGCUCGCGAGGAAUUGGCUGGACUUGGGGAGCCGUCUAGAUUAUCAUUGUUGGCGUCGGCGGCGUUGGACGUCGUGCUCGACGGCAAGCAAAAGGACCGGGAGCGCGUGCCCCAAUUGUUACUGGCUCUAUCGGAGAAGGACGUCCUGACGCCGGCGCACUUCUCGACUGCAUUCUUAGAAGCACUUGCGAUCCUGCCCGACAUCACGAUCGAUGCCCCGAAGGCGCCGCAGUGGCUGGGGGAUGUCCUGAAGGCGCUCGUCGAGAAGGAGGCCUGUUCCUUGGCCUUCUUGGAGGGCGGGGCCCCGGCGGCUUUGACCGAAUUAGGUGAGGAGGGGACGGAGUGCUGGUCGAAGUUCAAGGACUACGUCGCGUCCUGAUCGCGGGCGGAGGCUCUAGUGUAAGGGUCGUCGUCCGUAGUUACUAGUCUUCGCGUCGACGGCGUCGAGACCGCUACCCCCACGCCGCCGCCGCGAAUACAACAA